AUGAGGGACAGAAGAGGGCCCCUCGGCACCUGCCUGGCACAAGUACAGCAGGCCGGAGGAGGUGACUCGGACAAACUAUCAUACAGCCUUAAGAAAAGAAUGCCGGAGGGCCCUUGGCCUGCAGAUGCACCCUCCUGGAUGAAUAAGCCUGUGGUUGAUGGAAAUUCACAAAGUGAGGCAUUAUCACUGGAAAUGAGAAAGGAUCUGAGUGGGGCUGGCCUCUGGCUUCACAGUGGCGGCCCAGUGCUUCCAUAUGUGAGAGAAUCAGUAAGAAGAAAUCCAGCCUCAGCAGCCACUCCGAGCACAGCUGUGGGUUUGUUCCCUGCUCCAACAGAGUGUUUCGCUCAGGUGUCCUGCAGUGGUGUUGAAGCUCUGGGGCGGUGGGACUGGCUGGGGGGAGGGCCCAGGGCCACCGACGACCACAGAGGACAGUGCCCCAAAGGAGAGUCUCGGAUGUCACGACUGCCACGCCAUCAAAAACUGCUGGAAAUGGGAAGUUUUCAGGAUGACCCACCAAGUGCUUUUCCCAAGGGUCUGGGCUCUGAGUUGGAACCCUCUUGCCUGCACUCUGUCCUGUCUGCAACACUGCACGCGUAUCCCGAAGUGCUCCUGAGCGAUGAGACAAAAUGCAUUUUCCUUGACCGUUUAAAGCCCAUGUUUUCAAAGCAAACAAUAGAAUUCAAGAAGAUGCUUAAAAGCACCUCAGAUGGUCUGCAGAUAACACUGGGGUUACUGGCUCUGCAACCUUUUGAAUUAGCAAAUAUAUUAUGCCACAGUUAAGGUACAAGCAGAACAAUACCAAUAGAUGAAUUUUAAGAGUUGUCCUAGAAUGAUUUCUUUCACAUUAAGUCUGGAUGCAAACUGUGCACCCCUUAGGUUCCUGCUGUAGUUUUGUACGACUUGGCAGACUUAAAGUAAAUUGAGUUUAAAUUCAAAGCCGGUUGAUGCGGAAGGAACUUUUUUAGCAUGUGUUAAAUUGUGCUUUAAAAGACAUAUAAAGAAUUGGGAAACAUUUCAAGAGACGAUCAUAGCCUGUAUAAAUACCAGAUCAGAACAUACGGAUUUACCAUAAAGUUCUGUCUUCAACACCCAUUCUAAAGGGCUACUGUCCCAAAUCCUGUGUGUCCUUUCAACUUGUCUGAUCACCCAAUGGAAGUGGAUACUUGUAAAGUCUACACCACUGUACUUGGCGUUAAAUCUUGCUGAAUUCGUGGUAAGGUGUUAUCAUUUCUACAUUUUGUAGAAUGAUUUUGGUCUGCAGCAAAAUUCGAUUUCACUUCUCACACCCCUUUCCUUCCAUUUGAAAUGCAGUUUAGACAGAGGCCCUGUGGUGAAAGUUGCAAUAUUAAGUUUACCUUUAGAAGAUCCCUUCUCAAACUCGGAACCCUAGCAGUGUUACCUUAAACAAAAAUGAGCUCGAGAAAAAAGUAGCUCAGUUACAGAGAAGCAAAUCGAGUUAUUUCCCACAUAAAAAGUUUCCCAGAUUCUAAGAAUUGCAGUAUCCUGUACCCUAAAGUUUUUCCAGGUGACUCCUUUUGUUGUCUGUUGAUAACUUUAAUAAAGGUCAUUUAAGGACAUAAGUUUUUAAAGACUCCCAAAGUGAGACUUAACCAUUUUCGGGAUUAUCGAUUGCAUAAAUCAGUUUAUGUUGUGUGCUGAAUUACUAUGCCAUGUGCUAUUUUAGUGUUUGGGGAAAAUGAAAAAUAAAAUUUGUUCUUUAGCUUAAUAAAUAUGUCUUAUUUUA